AUGGCGGUGAUUGAGGAAUGGAGUGACAGCGGCGGCGAAACAUGGCAGCGGCAGCAACGGCAGCGAGGUGGGCGGCUCGAGCGGAGAUUGGGCCGGCGAAGCACCGCGGCGGGGCAACGCGGCAGGCCGGAGCCAAUUGGGACAGAGGUCGGCUGCGGUAGCACGCGCCGUCGUGCACUGUGGGUCCAUAUCCGGAGGGAGUCUCUGCGACCGAAAGGAAGACCUGCGCCAAAAAACGCCGUCGCCCGGAUUGAAGAACCUCCUGUCAGCGUCCUGGUUGGGGCACCGAAAGCCGAAACGAAUCAGCUGGAAGUCACAGAAGGAGGCUCCGUCUACUACUGCCCCUGGCAUCUGGGCAGUGUCAGCUGUGUGCCCAUUGAAUUCGACAACAAAGGAUCCCGUACUGAAGAGGUCAACGGAACGUUGCAACAAAUGGAGUUCAAAUCUCGGCAAUGGUUUGGCGCCACGGUGCGGUCCCAUGGCAGCUCCAUCUUGGCUUGUGCCCCCCUGUACAGCUGGCGGACAAGCAAGGAAGAGCCGGAGCGCGAGGUUGUGGGCACCUGCUACCUCUCGGUCAACAACUUUACCAAGUUUGUGGAAUAUGCACCUUGCCGCUCAGACCUGAACUCGGCUCGUGGACAGGGUUACUGCCAGGGUGGAUUCAGCGCUGAAUUCACAAAGGCUGGACGGCUCGUCCUCGGUGGCCCUGGAAGCUAUUUCUGGCAAGGCCAAGUGCUAUCAGCAACACAGGACGCCAUUGAGAAAUCCUAUGACCCCGGAUAUUUCGUCUUGGAGGUCCAAGGUCAGCUUGCUACACGCUCCGACCCUCACAUCAGCGCUGAUGACAGUUACCUCGGCUACUCUGUGGCUGUGGGUGAAUUCAGCAACGACUCCACUGAAGAUUUUGUGGCCGGCGUUCCAAAAGGAAACCUCACAUAUGGCUAUGUCACAAUUCUAAAUGGAAGUGACAUUCGGUCGCUGUACAACUUUUCAGGAGAACAGAUGGCCUCCUAUUUCGGGUACGCCGUGGCUGCCACGGAUAUUAACAGUGACGGCCUAGAUGACUUGCUGAUCGGCGCCCCCUUGUUUAUGGAGAAAACGGAAGAUGGGCGUGUGCAGGAGGUGGGCAGGGUCUACAUCUACCUGCAGCGGCCGGAUGGCAUGGAGCCCACCGCGUCAGCUGUUCUUUCCGGUCCCCAAGAGUUUGGUCGUUUCGGCAGUGCCAUUGCACCGUUGGGAGACCUCGAUCAGGAUGGUUACAAUGAUGUGGGGAUCGGCGCACCCUUUGGCGGCAAGGACCAGCAAGGUGUGGUCUGCGUGUACAAUGGCCGACCUGAAGGGUUGCACCGCAAACCUUCUCAGGUGUUGCAGGGACGCUGGCCGGACAGUCGUGCCCCUGACUUCUUUGGGUUCUCCAUGCGUGGGGCCAAGGACCUAGAUGGAAACGGCUACCCAGAUCUCAUUGUGGGGGCCUUUGGAGUAGACAGAGCUAUGGUUUACAGAGGACGCCCCAUAGUCCACGCCACUGCCACUCUCAGCAUCUUCCCCACCAUGUUUAACCCAGAAGAACGAGCGUGCAUCCUGGAGGACACGGGGAUCCCUGUUGCCUGCAUCAACCUGAGCUUCUGUCUGAACGCAUCUGGGAAGCAUGUGCCAGACUCCAUCGGGUUCACUGUGGAGCUCCAUCUCGACCGCCACAAGCAGAAGGGGGCAGUGAAGCGGGCGCUCUUCCUGCAGUCCCGCCAGCCCCAUUUGAUUCAGACGGUCCAAAUUCGCAAUGGUGCCAAUGCGGUGUGCCGCGAGAUGAAGAUCUACCUCCGGAAUGAGUCCGAGUUCCGUGACAAGCUCUCCCCCAUCUACCUGUCGCUCAACUUCUCACUGGAUCCAAAGGCCCCGCUAGAUGCCCAUGGGCUGCAACCCAUCCUCAACUACCUCAUACACAACCACAUCGAACAGAAGGCCCAGAUCCAGCUUGAUUGCGGUGAAGACAAUGUCUGCGUCCCUGACCUGCAGCUUGAAGUCCUUGGGGAUCAUAGCAUCGUGUACCUGGGAGACAAGAAUGCGCUGAACCUUUCAUUCCAUGCGCAGAAUCGUGGUGAAGGCGGUGCCUACGAAGCUGAACUUCAUGUGACUAUGCCGCCAGAGGCUGAAUACACAGGGGUCCUGCGGGCCCAUGGGAACAUGAAUAGCCUGAGCUGCAAGUACGACACAGUGAAUGAGACCAACAGAGUCAUCUGUGACCUUGGCAAUCCAAUGAAGGCAGGUGCCAGUCUCUGGGGUGGCCUGCGCUUCACCGUGCCUCGCCUUGCCGAUACAAAGAAGUCCAUUCAGUUUGACUUCCAGAUCCAGAGCAAGAACGCCAACAAUUCGCAUAGCGAGGUGAAGUCGCUCCCCCUACGAGUGGAGGCCCUUGUUCGUCUUUCGACUCACGAAGUAUCCAAGCCAGACACCCUGGGUCUUCCAGGCUCUGGCUGGGUCCCAGGCCGAGCGGUGCUACGAGAACAAGACGUGGGUCCUGGCAUGUGUCAUGUCUAUGAGUUUGGGAACAUGGGUCCAAGCGCCAUCAGCGAAGGGAUCUUGGAUGUCAGCUGCCCAAUCCGGACGAGCGGACGAGAUGUGCAGUAUGUCACCCGCUAUCUGGCCCUGGCCAAUUGCUCCUCUAACCACCCCGUCAACCCAUCCCACCUCCAGCUGGAUCCACUCCCGACAUCUUUUCCCGGCCACGAUCAGCACUACGUCCAGAGGCACGACGCAAGCUGGAGCAGCACCUCUGCAAGGAACGGUUUCACCCUGAAAUGCAAAGGGGAUGACUGUUUCCAGCUGCGCUGCCACAUGGGGGCGCUGCAGAGGCAGGAGAGGGCCACUUUGCACCUCUGCUUCCGCAUCUGGGCCAAGAACUUCCAUCAGCGAGAGAGCUAUCCUCAGGCCGUACAGUGUGAGGCCACCUAUCACGUGCAAAGGGUGCCCUACAAGAUCCAGCCUCAAGAGCUCCCCUCCGCCCCCGUCAAGGUGUCGACGUCGCUUUACUGGGCCAAAGCAGAGACCAGCCAGGGGGUUCCUCUCUGGAUCAUCAUCUUAGCCAUUCUGAUUGGACUGCUGCUACUGGCUUUGCUCAUCUAUGUACUAUACAAGCUGGGGUUUUUCAAGCGCUCUCUUCCUUACGGCACGGCGAUGGAGAAGGCUCAGCUGAAGCCACAGGCAGCUUCGGAGGCCUAGCAGACCCGGCGUCAC